AUGAAUGAGGAGCACAAUUGCCUAAGAACCAGAGACCUCCCACAAGCCAAUUCUACCUUUUUAUCAGAGCUUGUGAGUGACAUAGUGAGACUAAAUCCAGAAAUUUCUGGUGAAGCACUUUUAGAACAGAGAUUUCAAAUUACCAUUAGCAGGAUGUCAGCAUACAGAGCUAAAGAAAAGGCAGUGAAUAAGUUAAGGGGUGAUUUUCAUGAGCAGUAUGGUUUGUUGAGGGAUUACAUAAUGGAAUUGAAGCAAAAGAAUCCAAACACAACAGUGAAAUUAGCAUUUGCAUACCAAUUUGUGAAUCCUGCUACUACAACUAGAGUGUUUCAGAGGAUUUAUGUUUGUUUGGGGUCAUUAAAAAAAGGAUUUAAGGAAUUAGGGAGGGAAAUAAUUGGUUUAGAUGGGGCAUUCAUGAAAGGUCCAUAUCCUGGUCAGCUUUUGACUGCAGUUAGUGUGGAUGGAAACAAUGGGAUCUACCCUGUGGCAUAUGCACUUGUUGAAAGUGAAUGCAGAAAUUCAUGGGAAUGGUUCUUGGAAUGUCUUGGAGAUGAUCUAGAAUUGCCAAACAAUGCCAAUUUCACCUUCAUUUCUGAUAGACAGAAGGGGAUCCGGCAAGCUAUCAACAACUUGUUCCCUAGUGCUGAACACAGAUUCUGUUUGAAGCAUAUCCAUGAGAAUUUGAAGACUAGGUUUAGGGGAUGUGGCUUUAGGGAUCAUCUCUGGUUUACAGCAACUAGGACAACAGUUGUGGAAUUUGAGAGGGCAAUGGAGGAAAUUAGGCAGCAAGAUUCAGGGGUUUAUGACUGGUUAAGAGCCAUUCUAGCAUCCUCAUGGUCAAGAGCUCACUUUUCAGGAAGAGCAAAAUGUGAUAUACUUUUGAACAACAUAUGUGAGUCAUUCAAUAGUAGGCUGGUCAAAGGUAGAGAGAAACCUAUAAUAAGUUGUUUGGAGUUUGUAAGGGAAUAUUUAAUGAAAAGGAUAUGUGUGGUUCAAGGAGUCAUAGAUGUUUGUAAGGGUCCACUUACCCCAACUACAACCCAAAUUCUUGAGGUAAAUAAGGAAGCAGCUGAAAAGUACACAGUCAUCUUCAAUGGCACAAAUAAGUAUCAAGUGUCUGGCCCAUGGAAUGAUUAG